AAUCCUGGAAUCUCAUCCAACGGUUGUAAUCAACCGAUAUCCACUAUAGCAAUAUACACCGCACCGUAGCUUACAAGUACCUCUUCAUCUUCUCCAAUGUUCUGGAGUCAUGACGGAACAAGAUAACGAAGAACAGUCUAGACUUGUUGAUAAAAUACUUAACACUCAACUCAAAUAUAUAUAUUUACACACAACACAUGUGACAUGACUAGCAACAAGCUUAGCUAAGAGGUUGAAGGAUAUGGCUGACGGAGGAAUAUUCUUUUAUCCAUUUCGAAGAUUCCAAGAAUGGUCAGGAGGAUCAACGGCUCUGAUUGAUUGGAUGGAAUCUUCAAACUCUCAUAUCUUCAAGAUCAACGUUCCUGGUUACAACAAAGAUGACAUAAAAGUGCAGAUCGAAGAAGGGAACGUUUUGAGUAUAAGAGGAGAAGGGUUAAAGAAGGAAGACAAGAAGAAAGAAGAGGAUUUGGUGUGGCACGUGGCGGAGAGAGAAGCUUUUGCCGGUAAAGGUGAGUUUUUGCGGCGGGUUGAGUUACCGGAGAAUGUGAAAGUCGACCAAGUUAAAGCUUACGUGGAGAACGGUGUUCUUACUGUGGUUGUUCCCAAGGACACGUCACCCAAAUCGUCAAAGAUUAGGAAUGUUAAUGUUACUAGUAAGCUUUGAUGUCUUAUACCGGUUUUAACCGGGUUUUUGGUUUUUCGUAAGAUUGGAAUAAAAUUGGACUUUGUUGUUACUUUAUAAAUUCAAUAAAGCAUGUAAUGUUUUAGAAAUAAUUAAGAAUUGGUUAGACAA